AUGGACGCCAAGAAGCAUCAACAUUUCAUGAAAUUAGCAUUAAUGACUGCACAGCGAAGUAAAGAUCCUUGCACACAAGUUGGAUGUGUUAUAGUGGAUGAAGAGGAUCAGAUUGUCUCAACAGGUUAUAAUGGUAAGUGAUGAAUUUUUGAGGAAAAAAAAGAUUUCUUGGGUUUUAAAGGUUUCCCGAUUGGCGUGGACGACGAUACUUUCCGCUGGGACAAAGAGGAUCCGGACGAUUGCAAACAUUUAUAUGUGGUACACGCUGAAAUGAACGCGAUAACCAAUAAACGACGAGAUACUUUGCACAAUUGCACACUCUAUGUGACACUUUUCCCGUGUAACGAAUGUACAAAAUUGAUUAUUCAAUCGCGAGUCAAACGGAUAUUUUAUAUAGAUGAUCGAGAUUCGAUUUCGUAUGAGGUUUCGAGGAAAAUGUUGCGGUUUGUUGGAAUUCCUUUUGAGAAAUGUGAAUUGCCUGAAAGACGUUUUGAGUUUGAUGUGUAA